CCAUGAGUAAGAAAUUAUAUUAUAUUUAUCUGGUAACAUGGCAACGUAUUAAAUAGCGGUUUUAGUGACAGAAAAAAAUAAAUUGCUGCACUCAAGAGCUUUGCAAAGAUGAAAAAAUUUAAAAAGAAAAUUCAUCGAAAAUAUGAAGAUUUCUACGAUGCGAAUGAUUUACGUGAUCCAGACACUUUUCCAAACAUCAAUCUAACUAUUAACGACUUUGAUGCGCGCGGCGGUGUGGUGAAUCCUCGCGCACCCUGUCUCGUUACUACUAUCGAUCCAAGCUACGUGAAGGAUGCACGCACACAACGUUUGGCGAGGAAAUUUCGUAUGAAAACCGAUAUAUUAUUAUUACGUGAGAUAACACGUAAAAAAUUUAUGAUCUUCUCAACCCAGCAAAUGUAUUUGGAUAAAGAACGUGAGAAGAAACAACAGGAUGAUGAAUAUCAAGGGCUGCUCGAUUUUUUUGAAUACACAGAAAAUUCAUUACAAGCAGUCGAAGCGAACGCUUAUAAGGAUAUGAGAGCUUCACUUGAGAAAUGUCAGGAAUUACAAAAAUGCACAUUAGCAGACGAGCUGAAAGCGGUGAAAGAGGAUCAUAGGCGCGCUUUAGUCGAAGCGCAUGAUGUUUAUCAACGAUUUUUAUAUCUACUUAAAUUAAUUGGUUACUUCGAUGAAAUCGAUGAUGAAGCGGUUGGUGCUGAAGGCAGUCGAUUAAUAUUACCUAAGAAAAUAGCUGAACUGAAAGCACAAAACGAAAGUGAGACUGGCAUGCAACAAAUUGAAGUUGUUAGAAAUUAUAUGGAUGCGGUUGUGCGUCCAUAUUUGGCUAAAAGGAAUCAUUUGAAAGCGGAUGUUUGGUUAAAGGGAUUUGAGCUGACCAGAAGUAAACUUACGAACUAUUAUAAACGCUACACAAAUUUGGCGCUUUUGAAUCACAUUGUUGCGUUGGUAUAUGAGAAAUUCCAAAAGACACAAGCACGUUGCAAAAUUCCGCCAAUGCUCAAAGAUGCCAACUUCAUGAAGAAACGUGUCGCAACAUUGCGAUUACAAGCGGAGCAGACUUUAGUGGAAUAUGAGAAUAAACAAAGCAAAGACAAAUUAACUUUAAAACUCAACGCAAUUGUACCGGUAAUACUGAAGAGUUUACAAAGAUCUGCAAUGCGAACUAACGAACCACAAAAGGCACAUGGCAAGUUGAAUGGCAUAGAAAACACUGAAGCAGUUGAGAAUCAAAGCGUUAAAUCGUUUCAAUCACGACCAGAAUCGGCUUUAAGCUCAUGUCGCGACGAACCAGAUACUACGCUAGCUAAAAUUGAGCUUAUACAAGCGCACCUUUUGUGGCUACUAAACGAAUUGGAUGACAUGCCACCCGAACUUUGUAAGGAAGUUGAGAAACGUGUGCGACGACGUUUCAAAUUGUCGAAAGAGAAGUCACGCCGUGCAUUGGUUGAGCAAACACGUUUGCAGAAUUGGAUGGCACAUUUCAAGAAACACGAAUUGCAACGUCAAAUAGACACAGCUAUUUGUGUGCGCCGCAAAGUGGUACACGAAAAAAAUUAAUAAAGUUCAAAUUUUGCAAUUAUAAAAAAAAAAA